CACAGCAACAGUCACAGUUGUCUAGCUGCUGCUUGGAUUCGUUGCAGACAAGAAUGAAGUUACAAGUGAUGUUAAUGUUGUUAGUAACUGCACAAAUCUGCUUUGCUUCUGCUGCAGAUGAGGACUGCGCUGCGGCGUCCGCCGCUAUGUGCUCGCAGCGCCGGCUGCAGUGUCCCUGCCCAGAGGUGUGCGCCGACGUCUACCUGCCGGUGUGCACGCGCUGCCAGGAUGGCCAGCAACACACCUUCCCCAACUGCUGUGCCUGGCACGCAGCGGUAUGCGCGCUGCAAGCGGACUGCGCCCUGGAGCACGAUGGCGAGUGCUGAUCAUUCGCCGCUACCCCUGGAUGGCGAAAUGCAUCACCUAAAAAAUAAAAUAAAAAAAAUAAACCUACCUUUACAUCUUUGGUGCAUGAUAAACUACUACUUGAUGAAUUCCAUUGAGGUUCUUACCAUAGCAGUAGACAUUCUGGUUUAAAAUCGUCCGUAUUCAUUCCUGUCUAAACACGACUGCAGAGAAUGUCCUUCCUGAUGCACCAUAGCUUGGAGAAAACGUGGUGAAUUUUAACGACAAUAAGCUGGAGAAAAGGGCGACAGUACAAACGGAGAAGAUGACAGAACGUGUUUCCAAGGUGCUGAAGUUAAGAAGGAGAAUGUGAAAAUUACAUAAGAAUAUUACGCCUCAGAGAGGCUACAUCUACCGUCAAACUGAAGAACCAAAGUGCUCGCAACAAGUGUAUCGUUGAUGACAUGUACCACAAUGACAAAAAGUGCUGAAAGAGUGACAAUAUGAUACGAAAAAUACAGAUUAACAGUAACUGGUGCUAGACUUUUAGCUUGUGACGCUUGUAAGAAUAAAGGGGUGCACGUCGUUGCUUUCUUCAUGCCCCCUCUCCGUCUAUCUUAAAGAUGAAGGUGCUGCUUCUCAGAUGUUCUGUGGAGUAAUACGUAGAAACAAAAUACUUUAGACAGAAAAUUUCUGUAGUUCUUCUCUAAUGAGUGAAACGUCAAUAAGGUAGGGUAAAAUCGAAUUAAAAUCAGUAGGUGUUACAUUUCCAGUGCUUUAUUUUACUGGCACUUGGUUAGAACAUUAAUGGUAUAACGUUUCCACCAUCAGCAUUCAAACAGAAAGGAGCAACAGACUUGACCAAAGAUUCUCGGUAUUUGGUAAAUAAAUUCGAAAAGACCUUCCACUGUCUCCAUAGGUUUGUAAUGCCCCAGCUUUUUUCAUGUGACUGGUAUUAACUUAUGGUUGUUGCCCAUACCAGUUUCUCUCAUAUGUUGUACCCAUUGUCAGUUCAUCUCACUAUAUCAUUCUUUGGCCUCUAGUAAUAGCUUUGCCACUGCAUGAGUCGUUGUUGUAAUCAGUUAGCAGAGAAGACGUAUCUCAGACACCUUUGGAAAAGGUUGACUGAGUUCAUCUGAGCAUCAAGUAAGUGGAAAAUCGCUCCCACUUGGUCUUUUGAGUGUUAUGCCUUGUUCUGAGGGGAACGUAUUGUUGUAACUAGAAAUCAUGCAUAUUCGGCUCGCUAGGCAAACAAUCAGAGAACUCGUAUUAACGACUUUUAUUACAACAAAUACAAAUACUUAACUUUUAUCUGGGAAUUUUUGUAAUCGUUUCUACAUUAUCAUCCAGAAGUGCAACAAUUACACAGAUGUGUCGCAAGCAGAGGGCAAAAUACAAAAUAAUCAGUCUUCUUCAGAACAGACAAACAUAAGUAACACAUCUGGUCAUAGCCACCGUUACUAACAAAAGUCUCUCAACUCAACUGCAGUGACUGAUAAUCUCUAACUGUGCUACAUAGAGAUUGCUAACGAAGUGGCUAACGGUGAAGCUGCUAUCGAAGUGGGUUGUCACCAGUGGAGUGCGGCGCUUAUAUCGUCUUCACCUAGGGGCCACUGCUGUCACGUUGUCGUCCUGGAGGGAGAUCGGUCAGCCUGCGAUUGGCUGGUCUCUUCUCAUAGCCCUCUCUUCUCUUUCAUUCCCGACUGGUGCGCUGGCACUGACUUCACGACAUAACGCGUUUUAGUGGUAAUACGGCUAAUAACAGCCAGCAGCUGACACAAGGCAGGCAGUGUUCAGCCUUUGGAGUACAUGGGUAGACAGAUUUCGAAUUCUGAUGGCACAUUCUCUCACUUGCAUCUCUUGCUUUCAAGGAGAGAUUGUGACUUUAUCAGCAGAAACAACACUUUUCUAUCUGAUAAUAUUUUAUUAAAUGUUUAUGCAGUGGGUCAAGUUGCCUUCAGCACAACCAAAUUAGUAAUUUAAAAGUCAUGAGUUGCUGAUGCCGAUGUCUUUAAAGGUAGCUGUAGCGACAGGAGGUCCAUAUAGGAAAGUUUGGUGAGAGAAGUAUGCAGUCAUCAUAACGGUGCCGUUACAGCAACCUGUAAACAGCCAACUACAUAAAUGUAGUUAUAUUAACAUCAAUCCACAGUUAAGAAACUAAAACUCAGGAAGAAUCUCAGUGUUAAUAAAAAAGACGUCACAGUAUAAGGUAGGUAGAAAUUCAACAGGUACGACAUCCCAGCUAGUACACUGCCAUUGGUCAGAGUCUCUUGCAUUGCCUGGAAAUCAGCUGAGCCGCAGACUUCAAGUUUUCUGUUGUGCUGAGUGGUAAAUGAGACAUUGUUCUUCGCUGUAUUUUUUAUACUGAUAAUAAAUAAUUACACCUUUUA